CAAACAAGAAGCAGAACCCAAGAAACGUGAGAAAGUUGGAGAAGACCAAGAAGAAUAAGAAGAAGAAGAAGAAAAAGAAGAAAAUGAAAUUGGUUUGGUCUCCUGAAACAGCAUCAAAGGCUUACAUAGACACCGUUAAAUCGUGCGAGAAUCUUGAAACGCCGGACGCAGCGGAGCUAAUAGCGGCGAUGGCGGCUGGAUGGAACGCGAAGCUGAUCGUGGAAACUUGGUCAGAAGGAGACGCAAUAGCGUCAAGUAUUGGUUUAAACGUAGCGAGCCAACACGCAAACGCUAAACACAUAUGUAUAUUACAAAACUCGAGAUCAGAAUCUGCUUAUCUCCAAGCUAUUCAAGAAUCUUCAUCUCCUUUGAACUUACCAGAGACAAUCAUCGCUGAAGAACCCGAAAAAGCUAUGAAGAAGCUACAAGGAAUCGAUUUCUUGGUCGUGGAUUGGCGGGACAAAGAAUUUGCAGCUGCUACGUUGAAGAACGCUGCGUUUGGAAGCAGAGGAGCGGUUGUGGUUUGUAGAAACGGGUAUUCGAGUUUGAGAAGGGUUUUAAGAGAUCGUAAAGUUGUUAGAACGGUGACUCUUCCGGUCACCGGAGGUAUUGAGAUUGCUCAUGUUGCUGCUAGGAACUCAGGGAAGAGUGAGAAGAGUAGUAAGAGAAGAUGGAUCACACAUGUUGAUCAGAGAUCAGGAGAAGAACAUGUGUUUAGUAUCUAGAAAGUAAGAGACAAAUACAAUUUGUGAUAAGUGUUUAUUGGAUCUUGUAUUUGUUGUGUUUGUACAUAAGAUUCCAUAGAUGCAAUUGUUAUUGAAAAAAAAACAUGCUUGUCUUAUAAAUGUGAUCGUUGUGUUAAGCAAAACUACUAUUUCUGUUUGUCACUCAUUUGCUUUCACAUGCUUCUAUUUGUCUACAAUGUUGGGAAGAAUGAAGAACACUAUAGACU